AUGGAUCGUUUGCAUCGCAUGCUCCAAGCAGCCCAGGGUAUGGGCGUUGGAGGGAACAAUGGAGAUAUCCCCAACCUCAUCGAUAACUCCGAAACCGUCCACAUCUCAUCGCUCGCUCUGCUGAAGAUGCUAAGACAUGGUCGGGCUGGUGUGCCCAUGGAAGUCAUGGGUCUGAUGCUGGGAGAGUUUGUGGACGAGUACACAGUUAGGGUAGUUGACGUUUUCGCCAUGCCUCAAAGUGGUACUGGUGUCAGUGUCGAAGCCGUGGACCCUGUUUUCCAAACGAAGAUGAUGGACAUGCUGAGGCAAACUGGACGACCAGAGACCGUUGUUGGCUGGUACCACUCGCAUCCUGGUUUCGGCUGCUGGCUUUCGUCCGUCGAUAUCAACACUCAGCAAUCCUUUGAACAGCUCACUCCCCGCGCCGUUGCCGUGGUCGUCGACCCUAUCCAGUCCGUCAAGGGCAAGGUCGUCAUUGAUGCCUUCCGUCUCAUCCAACCACAGACCGUCGUCAUGGGCCAGGAGCCCCGCCAAACAACAUCCAACUUGGGUCAUCUGAACAAACCGUCCAUUCAGGCCCUCAUCCACGGCCUCAACCGCCACUACUACAGCAUUGCCAUCGACUACCGCAAGACCGGUCUCGAGGAGAACAUGCUGAUGAACUUGCACAAGCACGUCUGGACGGAGGCGCUGCAGAUGAAGGACUUCCAUGAAGAGGGCGAGCACAAUGUUGAGCGUAUGAAGCAGCUCGUCAGCCUCGCCGAGGGCUACGAGAAGCGCGUCAAGGAGGAGACCACGCUCACCAAGGACCAGCUUAAGACGAGAUACGUCGGCAAGGUCGACCCCAAGAAGCACAUCGAAGAUGUGAGCCAGCAGUUGAUUGAGGACAACAUCGUAGCCGUCUCGCGGCAGAUGAUUGACAAGGAGGCCUCGGUGGCACGGCAAUCAAACGGCAAGGAGAAUGGCACCGGCAUGGAGGUUGAUGAGGAACUAUAG